GUUUAUCAGCGAUUCCCAUCUCCUGAGCCGCUCAGUUCUUCCGUGCCGUGUCAGUCCUGCGGAGCGGGAGCGCUGCAGCCUGUCCUGCUGUGCCCGGCGCCGGGACCCUGUGCCCGGUUAGGGUUGGGGUUAGGGCUGGGGUUAGGGUUAGGGCUGGGGUUAGGGUUAGGUUUAGAGCCGUCCCCUGGCUCCGGCUGACUCAGGGUGAGUCACCGCAAAGCUGCAGGCGCAGCGAGGGCGCUCGCACAUUGGCUGCCGGCCGCAGCUCUGGAUGUAGGAGGCUGCGUUCCACGCUCCGGCAGCGCAGCAGCUCUGCUCCCUGCUCCCUCCUCCUCGCCCUCCGUGCAGGAUUGCUGCCUCAGCCCAGGCUCUGCCGCUCUCAGCCGCAGGAAGGCAUCUCAGCCGGCUCCGCUGCAUGCGGGCUGUGGAUGGCCCUGGCUCCUCUCCUGGAGGGGCUCUGCGCUGAACAUGGAUGACUUGGCUCUCCUUGACCUGUUGGAGUGUCCCGUGUGCUUUGAAAAGCUCGACGCCACAGCAAAGGUGCUGCCGUGCCAGCACACGUUCUGCAAGCCGUGUCUGCAGAGGAUCCUGAAAUCCCAGAAGGAGCUCCGGUGCCCCGAGUGCAGGACCCUGGUCCUGGGCAGCAUUGAGCAGCUGCCCUCCAACCUGCUCCUCAUUCGCCUCCUGGAUGGAGUCAGGUGUGGGCAAAACGUCACCAGGUUCGGCUCGAUCCAGAGGUCAGGGGUCCUGUCCUCCCCCGCCUCCAUCAGGAGGGUCCCCAGGGGGCUACAGCUGCAUCAGCACCGGCUGGCAACGAAUCCCAGGCUCCACAUGGAAGGGGUGCCACGAGCCAGGGCCCUGUACACCUACCGCGGGCACAACCCCGGGGAGCUGCGCUUCAACAAGGGGGACACCAUCAUCCUGCUGCGGCAGCUGGAUGAGAACUGGUACCUGGGCGAGCUCAACGGCAUCAGCGGCGUUUUCCCAGCCAGCUCCGUGCAGGUCAUCAAGCACCUGCCCCUGCCCCGCCCGCUCUACAGCCUGGACCUGCGGGGCCGGGCCACGGCGGACAGCAAGGACAUCCUGACCUUCCAGAAGCCCAGCAGCCCUGCUCAGCAGCUCCUGCAGGCCAGCAAAAGCCACUGGUCCCCCCAGUCCAAGGGCGCGUCCCUGCAAACGGCGUCUCCCAAGGCCAAGGCCGCGGACUCGGCGGCUUUCCCCAAGGUGCCUGACUCCAGACGGAAAAGUCUGCGGCAGUUCUCCAUCACCACGGCCCUCAACACCCUGAACCGCAUGGUGCACUCGCCCACCGACCGCCCGGCGCUGGAGAUCAGCUCCCCCGUGCUCAUCAGCUCCAGCAACCCCAGCGUGGCCACCCAGAGCAGCGAGAAAGCCGAGCCCCCCUACGGGACCCCUCUCCAGGUCAGCACCUCUUACUACCCCUCACCAGGACCACUGGGGUCUCCAGCAGCCAUCGUCACCCUGCCCCACCUGCAGCAGCACGGGCCAGCUUACCUGUGCGUGGCUCUCCACUCCUACACCGCUCAGGCACCGGACGAGCUGGAGCUGCAGAAGGGAGAAGGGGUCCGUGUGUUCGGCAAGGACCAGGACGGGUGGCUGCGGGGCAUGUCCCUGGUCACGGGCAGAGUCGGCCUCUUCCCCAGCAACUACGUCACCCCCCUCUUCAGCAGGAAAUCUAGUCUCUCCGACUCGAAGAUGCCUUCCCUGUACACCUCGUGGACGCUGUCGACCUCCUCGCUGUCCUCGCAAGGGAGCGUGUCCGAGAAGGGCCCGAGGCAGAGCCGAGCCCUGCGGCCGCUGCUGCUGCCCGUGCCCGUCCCUGCGCCCGGCAGGACCGCGGGGGCUCCGGCCCCGCUGCGGCGCGGCCGCGGCAGCAGCAGGAAGAACGGAUCCCUGCAGAGGCCGGGACAGGCGGGGACCCCGGUGCAGAUCAGCGGCUCCCUCCGGCGUCCCACGGCUGCGGGCCGGCCUCUGCACUUCCAGCUUUACCCGCACAGCAUCGCUCCCGGAGCUGCCGUGGACGAGGCAACGAGGCCAAACUUCUCUGAGGCUUCACCGGCGCUGCUGGUCAGGGGAGGGGAGAGCCGAACCCCCUCCGUGUGCAGCUCGGUGAUCCUGGAUGCCAAAGAGCCCCCGGUGAAGAGCGAGGCGGCUCCAAAGCCGCCCGCGUCAGCCCCGCCGUCCAUCCUGGUGAAACCAGAAACCUCCCGCAACAGCGCCGAAAAGCAAGUGAAGACGGUGAGAUUCCAGAACCACAGCCCGCCGCCGCCCAAGCGGCACAGCCUGCAGCCGUCGCCGAGGCUGGUCCGCAGCAGGACAGAGCCCGGGCCCGAGGGGCUCCUGCCCGAGCCCCGCCUGGGCCCCGAGCUGCUGCUGCUGUACUCGCCGCGCCUGGGCUCCAGCCCCCUGCACCCGCGCCGGGCGCUGCACCCCAAGGCGCUGUCCCUGGACCUCUCGGGGCAGCUGACCUUCCCCAUCAAGAAGAGCUACAGCAGCAUCUCUGCAAACUGAGCCUUCCUCCCCGCUCCUGCUCCUCUGCCUCGGCGCAGGGACCCCGCAUCCUCCCGCCGCUGCUCCCGGGGGCUUCAGAGAGCCGUGGGAACGGCCCGGGGCCCCCGCUGCCCCAGGGCUGCUGCAGCACGGGGAGAUGUGCCCGGGGUCUCCAGGGAACCCGCAUUGCCCAGGCUCUGUUCUGCUCGUUUUGAUCUCCUCAGGGCUGCGGGAAAGCCCACAGAGGUCAAACGCUGGCUCCUUACCUGCCUGUCUCAGGACAAGAAAACCAUUAAUCAGAAUCAGCUCCUGGUUCACGCUGCCUUUGAGGGGAGGGGGGGGGGUCACUCAGAUGUUUUUGUUAGGGUGGUUGCUCGCUUGCUUUUCUUGCUGGUUUUAGCCCAGGAAUUUUAACACAGAAGUCUAAAAGGUGAUUUGGAGGGCAAAGAGCCAAUGGAAAGGGCUUUGCCAUCACUGCAGUCACCCAGGCUCUGCAGUGAAGGCACUGAAUCUCCCUUCUCCUCAUUGUUUGUUUUCCUCCGAUCACCUGUCAGCUACCUCCUGCCCAUGAGCUCCUUCCAGCCCCUUCCCACCACCCACCCACCCACCCAGAUGUGGCUGUUGUAAAUACCUUAAGUGGGAUUCAUGGGUUUCAGAUGCAUGAAGCAUUGUCUGUGUAACAGAAAGCAGAAUUCAGAGUUCACCAUGCCCCAGACCCCGCUCUGCCCCAGCAGCACCGGCUCUGGCUUCCAGCUCGCCCCAGUCCAGGCAUUCUCCUGCGAACCCCAGGGAAGCCAGCAGAGCUGUGCUGGCUCACAGCUGUGCCUGCUCUCCAUCAAACCUCUGCACAACAGAAUUUAGUUUUCAUACUUAGUUUUCAUUGCUGGUUUAUCCAUCAGCUGUCCCCAGCCCAGCUGCAGGCAUGGGCCGGCCACUCUCCUGACAAGAGGAGCUGUGCUCCCUCUGAAACUGCCCAGAAACCCCAUCCUUGGUUACCUGCACACUAACCCAGGGAAGGAACCCCACUGGUCAGUGGAGACUGUCCCUGGCACAGCCUCAGAAAAGGACAUUUUUUCCUAAAUCUACACAAAGGGAAUGGGUAAAACCAUUCACUACGCCACAGCCCCUGGAUCUUCCCUCUUGCAGACUUUGUUUGUGGAGCAGGAAAGCUGGCUCUGCCUGUGGGGAUUUUCAGUGGCACAGCAACCUCCAAGGCACAGAUCUGUUCUCAGUCUGUGCUGUCACUAUUCCAGCUCCUGCAGAAACACCCUGACAAGCUGAAAGCGUGCUCUGUGCCCAGGUAUAAAAAGUGGCAGCUGCUGCAGAAGUGAGGGUGAGUCCAGUUCAGCAAUGCCACCUCAGAGACAGCUGAAUGCCUCGGGGGAGACGUGCUGGUUCUGUGCUGAGGACCCCAGCCAUGCUUUAAAGCUGAACCAGAAAGCAGCUGGCUCUGUCGCUGAGACACGUCCACACACCCCAGCACACCUGGAAACGAGCAGAACUGUGCUCAGUCCAUCUCUUCUCUCCCUCUGGGAGCUGAGAAUGCAAACACUGGCUCCAAAACGUUUUAGUUGGAAACACCAGAGCAGCCUGGGACUGUAAAAUCACGCAUUUAUCCUUCUUAGGAGGUUUAUUCAUUGCCCAACAGUCAUUGCAGUUGAUUUCUGAAACGCUGUGUUUGAAAUGUAAUCACAGCUCAGGACUUUUCAGGGUUUUUGUCACAAACUUCAGUAUCUGUCCCAUUUAAAAAGUAACAUUUCCAGAUAUUUGUGAAAUCAGUGUUUAGAACCCCACACUGUCCAUGAAGUGACAAGGACUUGCCAGCAGAGGCUGUGGGAGCUCCCCAGGUUGAUCCCUUCGUUUGUGUUCCCAGUGGGAAGCAGGGAUGGAUCUGAGAGUGCCUGGGGACCAGCACACAAGUCACCCCCAGGGUCAGGCUGAGGAGGACUGUAAAGGUAACGAAGGGGGAAGAAGAUGUAUUUGCAUCAAAGUUACAGCCAAAAUAGAUCUUAAAGGCAGAAGGGGUCAGCAGAAGUUCUCUGAUUCUUUCCAUGACCAAGCAGGGAGUUCCACUGCCCACUUUCUGCACCCAGCCCAGGGAAUGCUCCAAUGAAAUGUUACAGCCAGGUCACAAUCGGUGAGAAAUCAUAAAUUACUAUUUUUACACAUAUAUCUUAGAAACAGUAGGAUGUAUAACCUUUGCUUAGUUGGUGAUGGGUAGGAGGAAUAAAUCAAAUAUGUUUAGUUUGUUGUUCAGAGACACUUGUACAAAUUCAGGGAUGCUUAAUAUUUUUUCCAUGAAGCGAAGUUCAUUUUUUUAAAAGGUUUUUUUCAAUUCAAGGUAUAUUUGGGAGAAAAGUCAAUAAAGAAGAAGAGAUUAGUUUCCUGUUUUGUAUUAAUCCUCAAGCUAUUUAUUUUGUAUUUCUGUAAAAAAAAGAGCAAUUGUUCAAAGACAUUUUAAGUUUUCAGAAGUUUAUUCAUCCAAGUUUAUAUCACUAAUGCUUAGCUCUGUAGCCUGUAGAUAAUUAAAUUAAUUGGGGCUGGAUGGAUGACAGCCCCUCAUGCACUGGAAGCACUGGGGGGCACUGGGGAAACACGGGGCUCAGGAAAGCUUUGGCACCCACCGUGUGAGACACCAGCCCACGGGGGCUGCUGUGGCACCAUUAAAACUUUUUGCAUGAAAAAGGC